UCACGCUGUCUGUGCUGCAGCCAGGAGGUGCUUGGGGGGGUCGGAUGUGGGGAUGCAGGAACGUGGGCACAGGAGAAUGGUUACCAACAGGUGUCUGGGAUGGAGCCUCGAGGUGCUGGAGUCGCCUUGGUGUGAGUGUGGGGAGGUGGGCAGCCCAUGUGUGAAGGCGCAGUGGGUGGCUGGUUUCCUGCCACGGUAAUCACUGCUAAUUGGCUUUGCCCUCCCCUGGGGGGUGGGGGGGGGGCAGGUAAGAGGAUUUCCUGGCCUCCUUCUUAAGAGCUGGUUGACCCCCAGCCCUGCUCCUGCUACCACCACCAACUCCCGGCCCCAUGCCACGCUCUCGGGGGGAGAAGGGGGCCCCCAGGAACACCGAAGCCUCUGGCAAAGGGAAGCGGGGGGAGGUGGGCGAGAGUCCCCCUAAAGCCCCCGAGGUGGGCGGCCCCCCCGGCAGCCCCGACGCCGAAUUCCGGCACGGAGGCCAUGGGAGGAAGAACAGCAAGAAAGGGGCCGGGGACCCCCAGGCUGCCAGCACCAAGGCGUACUCACCGUUCCUCAACACGGUGUUUGGCAAGGAGCGGGAGCUGUCGCCGGAGGAGCUGGACGAGCUGCUGGAUGCCUUCAAGGAGUUUGACACCGACCAGGAUGGCUUCAUCAGCUACAAGGACUUGGGUGCCUGCAUGCGCACGCUGGGAUACAUGCCCACCGAGAUGGAGCUCAUCGAGAUCUCCCAGCACAUCAAGAUGAGGAUGGGUGGCCGUGUGGACUUCGAGGACUUUGUGCAGAUGAUGGGGCCAAAGCUGCGGGAGGAGACGGCUCAUAUGGUGGGCGUCAGGGAGCUGAAGAUUGCCUUCCGUGAGUUCGAUGUGAAUGGGGACGGGGAGAUCAGCAGCGCAGAGAUGCGUCAGGCCAUCGCGGCGCUGCUGGGAGAGCAGCUGAAGGCACAGGAGGUCGAUGAGAUCCUGCAGGACGUGGACCUCAAUGGGGACGGCCGCGUAGACUUUGAUGAGUUCGUCAUGAUGCUGUCCUCCCGGUAACGAAGCUGUGAGGCAGGAGAGGUCCCAGGGCUGCCUCCUCUCCCCAGCCCUGCUCCAGCCAUCAGCAGGGCUCACAGCAAAUGGUGGGGGGCCCCCAAUAAAGCUGCUUGCUCAGACCUUCA